AUGAUUCCUAUAUGCCCGGUAGUUUCGUUCACCUAUGUGCCCAGCCGGCUGGGAGAAGAUGCCAAAAUGGCCACCGGCAACUACUUUGGUUUCACCCAUAGCGGGGCUGCUGCCCAGUAUAGCCAGCAGCCAGCUUCGGGUGUAGCCUAUUCCCAUCCAACUACAGUUGCUAGCUACACUGUCCACCAGGCACCAGUCGCUGCGCACACUGUUACUGCGGCCUAUGCUCCAGCAGCAGCUACAGUUGCAGUAGCCAGGCCUGCUCCAGUAGCUGUUGCAGCUGCUGCAACAGCUGCUGCUUAUGGAGGCUAUCCUACAGCACACACAGCUACAGAUUAUGGUUAUACACAGAGGCAACAAGAAGCUCCACCACCACCACCACCUGUCACUACGCAGAAUUACCAGGAUUCCUAUUCUUAUGUUCGAUCUACUGCCCCAGCUGUAGCUUAUGACAGCAAACAAUACUAUCAACAACCAACAGCAACUGCUGCGGCUGUGGCUGCUGCCGCCCAGCCUCAACCUUCAGUAGCUGAAUCGUACUACCAGACAGCUCCAAAAGCAGGAUAUAGCCAAGGGGCAACUCAGUAUACCCAAGCCCAGCAAACACGACAAGUGACAGCUAUAAAACCUGCAACCCCAAGUCCAGCAACAACUACGUUUUCUAUCUAUCCGGUAUCCUCUACUGUGCAGCCAGUAGCAGCUGCAGCUACUGUUGUUCCAUCCUACACUCAAAGUGCAACGUACAGUACAACAGCGGUUACUUACUCUGGUACCUCUUAUUCUGGCUAUGAAGCAGCAGUGUAUUCAGCUGCAUCGUCCUAUUACCAGCAGCAGCAGCAGCAACAGAAACAGGCAGCAGCAGCAGCUGCUGCUGCUGCUGCAACAGCUGCUUGGACAGGGACCACCUUUACUAAAAAGGCACCAUUCCAAAAUAAGCAACUGAAACCAAAGCAACCUCCCAAACCGCCCCAGAUCCACUACUGUGAUGUUUGUAAGAUCAGCUGUGCUGGACCACAGACUUAUAAAGAACACUUAGAAGGCCAGAAACACAAAAAGAAAGAAGCAGCAUUAAAAGCUUCCCAGAACACCAAUAACAGCAGCACUUCUGCUCGUGGAACUCAGAAUCAGUUGCGCUGUGAGCUUUGUGAUGUGUCUUGUACAGGAGCAGAUGCUUAUGCUGCCCAUAUCCGUGGAGCCAAGCAUCAGAAAGUAGUAAAGUUGCACACAAAACUUGGCAAACCCAUUCCUUCAACUGAACCAAAUGUGAUUACCCAAGCUACUUCCUCAACAUCCACAUCUGCUUCCAAACCAACUGCCUCUGCUUCAAAUAUAGCAACUAGCAGUACUGUGAACUCCUCUGUUGUAUCCUCUGCAGUGAAAAUUCUUACUCCCACGGCAAAUGCACCACUUAACACGGUGUCCAACAACAAAACAUCUUCAACCUCUGCUAAUAUAGCUGUAAAGAAAAUAUCUACACCGAAAAUAAACUUUGUUGGUGGUAAUAAGCUUCAGACAACAGGAAGUAAACUGGAAGAAAUGAAAUCAGCUGAAAGUGUUAAAACAACAACUGCUGCUACAGUACAAACACAGGAAGUAAAACCAGACAUAGCAACUGAACCAGUGACUCCUACAGCUCUUGCUGCCUUGCAAAGUGAUGUCCAGCCAGUGGGCCAUGACUAUGUAGAGGAGGUAAGAAAUGAUGAAGGAAAGGUGAUCCGCUUUCACUGUAAACUUUGUGAAUGCAGUUUUAAUGAUCCUAAUGCCAAGGAGAUGCACUUAAAAGGGAGACGGCACAGACUUCAGUAUAAGAAAAAAGUAAACCCAGACUUACAAGUAGAAGUAAAGCCCAGUAUUCGAGCAAGAAAAAUUCAAGAAGAGAAGAUGAGGAAACAGAUGCAGAAAGAAGAAUACUGGAGAAGGCGAGAAGAGGAAGAACGCUGGAGGAUGGAAAUGAGGCGAUAUGAAGAGGAUAUGUACUGGAGGAGAAUGGAGGAAGAGCAGCAUCACUGGGAUGACCGUCGCAGAAUACCAGAUGGAGGCUAUCCUCAUGGUCCUCCGGGACCUCUAGGCCUGCUGGGAGUUAGACCAGGAAUGCCUCCUCAGUCCCAAGGACCAGCUCCUCUACGCCGCCCUGACUCCUCUGAUGACCGCUAUGUGAUGACCAAACAUGCAGCUAUAUAUCCAACAGAGGAGGAACUUCAAGCAGUCCAAAAAAUUGUUUCUAUUACUGAGCGUGCUUUGAAACUUGUUUCUGACAAUAUGACUGACCACGAAAAAAGUAAGAGCAAAGAGGGAGAUGACAAAAAAGAUGGCAGUAAAGACAGAGCUUUGAAAGGAGUUUUACGGGUAGGCGUUUUGGCUAAAGGUUUGCUACUCCGUGGAGACCGAAAUGUCAAUCUUGUUUUGUUAUGUGCUGAGAAGCCUUCAAAGAUGUUACUUGGUCGUAUUGCUGAAAGUCUUCCCAAACAACUUGCAGUAAUAAGUCCUGAGAAAUACGAUAUCAAGUGUGCAGUCCCAGAAGCAGCGAUAAUUUUGAAUUCAUGUGUGGAACCCAAAAUGCAAGUUACUAUCACACUGACAUCUCCAGUCAUUCGGGAGGAGAACAUGAGAGAUGGAGAUGUAACCUCGGGUAUGGUGAAAGACCCACCGGACGUCUUGGACAGGCAAAAAUGCCUUGACGCUCUGGCUGCUCUACGCCACGCUAAGUGGUUCCAGGCUAGAGCUAACGGUCUGCAGUCCUGUGUGGUUAUCAUACGUAUUCUUCGUGAUCUCUGUCAACGAGUUCCAACUUGGUCUGAUUUUCCAAGCUGGGCUAUGGAGUUGCUUGUGGAAAAAGCAAUUAGCAGUGCUACUGGACCACAGAGUCCUGGGGAUGCACUGAGAAGAGUUUUUGAGUGUAUAUCUUCAGGAAUUAUCCUUAAAGGUGGUCCUGGCCUUCUGGACCCUUGUGAGAAAGAUCCUUUUGAUACGCUUGCUGUAAUGACAGAUCAGCAACGAGAGGAUAUUACUUCAAGUGCGCAGUUUGCACUGAGACUCCUUGCAUUCCGUCAAAUACACAAAGUUUUAGGAAUGGAUACGUUACCACAGAUGAAUCAACGCUUCAACAUCCAUAAUAAUCGUAAAAGGAGAAGGGACAGUGAUGGGGUUGAUGGAUUUGAAGCAGAGGGGAAAAAAGACAAAAAAGAUUAUGAUAACUUUUAAAAAUGUUUGUCAUCAGUGCUAAGAUCAAAGGUGAUAAAAAGUCCAUUUGUUGCCUUGCUUUUAAACAGACAUAAUAAUGUCUGUUUAAAACAUCCAAAACCAACUCGGUAAUUAGAUUUGGAAGAGAACAACCUAGCUCUUCUGUGAGAUUCUGAAUAUUUUAAUGGAUGUACUGUAUCAGACAAAUUAUGGAUGGAAAGACUGCAAAUGGAAACUCUGUUGUCAUUGGAAAAAAUAGUUUGAGGGUUUUUUCCUUAUUGCAUUUUCUUUAAAUGUGUUGCUAACUUUAGUAACUUUUCUUCUUUUUUUAUCUUUUUUUGUCUUUAAGUGCAUUGUCAUCUUAUCUUGAUUGUAUUUAAUGCAGCAUUU